ACUUUCUAACCACUUUCUAACGCCCGUGCGUCAGGUGGUUCAUGGAGUGACGUCAUUUUUUGAUAAAUUGAGAAAAAGCAUUAAGGGAAAUUGGUAAUAUUCAUUCAUGUUCAUCUUCCUUCCGUCACUCGUGUUUACUGGUACUUAACGUGGUGUGACACAAAAGCGCCUUCAAACUCACACUGUGCAGCCUGGAAGGUGAGAGAAUCGUUCCGGGAUUUCUUGUGCUGAGCGCCUCAGCACAGACAGCUUCAGUGGACCUGCAACAAAAAGCGAUACAGCAAGUCGCGCCAGUGAUAGCCUACAUUUCAAAUCAACACAUCAUUAUUCAGUGGACGAUGGGAAGCGGUGGCAACACAUCGGACAUUCCGUACUAUUUCUCACAUUUGGCCAUGAUGAACAAUAGUGUUUUUUGUCGGAACUUCAGCGAUAACGUGAGUGUAGAGGCCAAAUGUGAGAGAACAGACAACCUAGCCAAAGACUCGACACCAGUGAUCAUCGCGAUUAUAAUCACGACUCUUUACUCUAUCGUGUGUGUGCUUGGUCUGGUGGGGAACGUACUCGUCAUGUAUGUCAUUAUCAGAUACACUAAAAUGAAAACCGCCACAAAUAUCUACAUCUUCAACCUGGCCUUGGCUGAUGCACUAGCCACCAGUACACUGCCCUUCCAGAGUGUCAACUUCCUGAUGGGGACUUGGCCGUUUGGAGACAUUCUGUGCAAGAUAGUGAUAUCCAUCGACUACUACAACAUGUUCACCAGUAUCUUCACAUUGACCACCAUGAGUAUUGACCGUUACAUUGCAGUGUGCCACCCCGUCAAGGCCUUAGACUUCCGCACUCCCCGUAACGCAAAGAUUGUCAACGUGUGCAACUGGAUCCUGUCCUCUGCCAUCGGUCUGCCUGUCAUGUUCACCGCCUUAACUACUGUAACUGAUAAUGGCAAGUAUGACAGAUUCAUCGACUGCACUUUGAUCUUCCCACACCCAUCCUGGUACUGGGAGAAUCUCCUGAAAAUCUGCGUCUUCAUCUUUGCCUUCAUCAUCCCGGUCCUCAUCAUUACCGUAUGCUACGGGCUAAUGAUCUUGCGCCUGAAGAGCGUGCGCAUGUUGUCCGGCUCCAAGGAGAAGGACCGCAACCUGCGGCGCAUCACCCGCAUGGUCCUGGUGGUGGUGGCCGUCUUCAUCAUCUGCUGGACGCCCAUCCACAUCUACGUCAUCAUCAAAGCCCUAAUCAACAUCCCCAACUCCCUGCUGCAGUCCGUCACCUGGCACUUCUGCAUCGCUCUGGGCUACACCAACAGCUGCCUGAAUCCCGUCCUCUACGCCUUCCUGGACGAGAACUUCAAGCGCUGCUUCCGCGAGUUCUGCAUCCCCCUGAGUCCCUCUGUGCUGGAGCUGCAGAAUUCUUCUCGUACCCGCCCCCACCAGCAGCACCAGCGCGAUCAGCACUCCAGCGCCAACAGGGUGGAGAGGUCCAAUCAACAGGUAUGACUAGGUAUGGAGAUGUUGUCUUUGGACUCACGCUACCAGCCUAACGAUGACAUGAGCUCGGAAGUCACCCAGGUAACCACAGUGCUCUGACACAAAGCUCUGACACAUGAUGCGCCAAGAUACUGAAGUGCUUCGUAGCACAAGCAUCGAUCGUACUGUCGCCUCUUUCUGGAGAGGCUGACGAGUAUUUGAAUGCAGAAUGACACUCCGCAUAAAGCUUGCUGUCAGGUAGCAUUAUUAAAAUGUUGAACAUUAGGCAGAACACUGAAAUUAAGACACAUCAACUAAUAUGUACACAGUAUCUUUGUAGACUGGUAUAUUGAACAUACUGUAAUAGGAUAAUGUUCUGUGGUCAACAUCAUUCACAAUUAGAAACUCUUGAUUGAGAGCACUUAUGUCAAGACACUAAUUCAAGAAGAUUGUUAUUUAAGGGUCAAGCGGCGAUUAAAAAAAAAACAAGGUGGCCACCCCACCACUUGUUUUGGUAAACAGCUGAGAGAUGGGACUGGAGGAAUGUAACCACUGUCAAAUAGACAGACAGAGCUAGACAGAGAUAGACAGAGCUAUGGAUGCAAGAACUGACCAUCCAUGAGAUCAAAAUGAUCUGUUUGUUUGUUUACAAUUACAUUAUUGUUUGCUUCCAGAGUCAAUGGCUUUAUAUUAUUAAUCUUAGUCAGAAAAUGGAUGUAGCCUAUCAAUCUGCUUUACAUCUACUGUAUGUAUAGCAGCUUUUAUAUACUGUAUGUUCUGUACUAAAUUGUUAUUUAUUAUAUGUGUAUAUGAUGUGCAAGUGGUUUGGGAACUGUCAAAUGAAUCAUUUAUAUUUUAUUUCCGUGUCAAAUCGGCAGUUGGCAACCCAUCCCUUACUGGAUUUACUGACACAUAAACAAACAUUACAAUGAUUCACAGUGAUUAUUCAGUGAUAAUUCUUCCAGUGUUCUGUGCAGUGUGCACUGCAUACAGAAUGAAAAAUGAAUAAUAGUAAAUAAGGUUAUUCAAGCAAUAAUAAUAACAACCCUAGAGCUGUAAAAAAUAAUACAAAUGAAUUCCAAAAGAAAUACAGCAAAUGGCAUUUAAACCCGGUCUGGCACAAAGAGAAGAUUUAAAUCUAAUCUCAUUUUAUUUGUCACAUGCACCAAAUUCAACAGGUGUUCACCUUACUGUGAAAUGCUUACUUACAAGCCCUUCUAUUGUGAGUGAUAUACACAAUCUAUAUACAUAUGUGCACUUUGAAUUUCAUUCUGUCACCCUUUUUCUUUUAUUCCAAGCUUUAUAAAACAAAAUCUGCAAACAGAAAUACACAACAGACAAAAAACUAUUUCAGUUUCUCUUCAUCGCUCAGCCACAUAAUGCCAGGGUAGAUCUGGUGGAAUUUCUGAAAGCGUAUAUCGUGGUAGAAAGGACAAUAGAGGAUAAAAUGAAUUGAGUUCUCUCUUCGAGGUCACAUAGUGUUUCUGCUUCCAUUUCACCACAAACCGACCUGUUUCAAUACACAGAGACAAUAUCCCUGAUCUUACCUGUUUCAAUACGCAGAGACAAUAUCUCUGAUCUUACCUGUUUCAAUACACAGAGACAAUAUCCCUGAUCUUACCUGUUUCAAUACGCAGAGGCAAUUUCCCUGAUCUAACCUGUUUCAAUACACAGGCAAUUUCCCUGAUCUUACCUGUUUCAAUACACAGAAGCAAUUUCCCUGAUCUUACCUGUUUCAAUACACAGAAGCAAUUUCCCUGAUCUUACCUGUUUCAAUACGCAGAGGCAAUAUCCCUGAUCUUACAUGUGCACAUAGCGAUCACUUGCUUUUAUGUAGGUUGUACAUAAUAUAUAUAUCUCACACACAAAGUCAGCCUUAAUCAAACAAAAGGUUCUCAAUUUGGGUUUAUGAUUAAUCUCCACCCAUUUGUUUUAAUAUUGCAUUGUCAGUUGUUUUUUAAUCGCGUCUAUGGCUCCUUUAAUUUUGUUUUCGUUCAAAUGUUCACAGACCGGGCACAAUGGUGUCAAGUUACCAAUCGUUUUUCCACCAUUCAUUUUUCCCAUAGUGGAUUUUAGAAACACUUAAAAUAAGAGCUGUGUUUCAUGUAGGCUCACCCUGGCAUGAUGUUUUGAUAACCAUGUAAAUCUCUAGGACAAGGAUACUUUUAUCAAUAUAUUUUCUGGUAUUUACCCCCCAAAAGUGAAAUGCUAAUUAGCUGCUAAUGUGGCUAUCCUAAAAAAACUACAAAUGCCAUGAUGAUCUGGACGAGCCUGCCGAAUUGAGGCAAAGGUAACCAUGAACCAUGUCUAGAUUAACUAUCUAAUGUUAGCUACAUUUUGUAAUUAAUAAAUUGUCUAAAUUUCUGUAAAUUGACAAGUCUGUGAACUCUUGUGCAAGUUUUAAAUUGACAUAAUACCUGUUAGCAAAGGUGUUAGCUAGAGUUGACUUGCAGGAGCUUGCUGAGAUUUGUAGUUUUGCAUGAUGUCUACUGAGAGUAAAUAGAGGCAAAUAUAUUGAUAAAAGUCACAUUGUCCUAGAGAGAUUUACAUGGGUAUCAAAACAUUACGCCAACCAACAUUGCAGUUGGCUGGACCUCUCUAAUUUCCCGUAGAUCACUUCAUUUCUCCCUUUUUGAUUCAUUUCUCCCUUUUUGAUUCACUUCUCCCUUUUUGAACUUCCAACAUAUCUCACUUCUCUGUUUUGUAUUUUUUAUUUAACUAGGCAAGUCAGAUAAGAACACAUUCCUAUUUACAAUGACAGCCUACACCGGCCAAACCCUAACCAGGAUGACACUGUGCUCCGCCCUAUGUUUAAGUAGAAAAACAAGAGGCACCAAAAACGCUCACAGGGUUGGUUAACUCCCUUGUCCCUUGUGUCUCUACCAACCUCAGUAAAUUAGCCCUUAGUUCUAAUGCCGCUCAUGUUUGGAAUAAUUUACAAUCCUCAUUACAUCUUGAAUCCCUGCCAACAGGGCAGUUUAGAACGCUGAUGUGGAACAUUCUCUGAGUGUUUGGGUUGAUUGUAAUGAUUUAUUUGUGUUGAUGAAAUGUAUAUGUUGUGUCUUGUAUUUUCAUUUUUUGCUGUUUUAUUGAAUUAUGUUGAUUUGUGAAUUAUUUGUUCUCAGGGCACUAUUAUGAAUGAGACCCUGGCCUCAAUUGGGAUCCCCUGAAUAAGUAAAAGUGAAGUGAAAAUAAAUAAAUACAUAUUGCCUUUACUGUAGCAGUGCAGAAUAUCAAAACUGAAAAGGGAUUUAAAAAAAUGAUUACAUUUAGUUAUAUCCAGAUAUUGUAUUCAAUACUUUUUUGUCAUUUUUAACUUGGCAGAUGACUUGCCCACAUCCAGAAUGUGCCAUCAACAUGAUAAUGAUGCUGAUAUAUUACAGUGCUUGCAGGUUUACAGAGACAAAGUCCUAACCAUUGGAUUGUGGCAGGCCUGGGUUCAAAUGCAUGCUUAAUUAAGUAUUUCUAUUUUAAAUACUAAUUUUCUGUGUAUUUGAGUAUUUUCAAAUAAUGUGCCCGAAUCAACUACUUAUAUUUGAUGUAGUAGAAAAGACUUGUAUUUCCAAAGAAAAAAUAUCAAAAUACUUACUUUGAAAUAAAUGUGAAAGUAAUUGAAAUCACUUAAAUAGUAUUUGAACCCAGGUCUAGGGUGUGGCGGUUCAUUCCAAACUCUAUGUACUUGCUUGAUAUAUUUCUAUAUUAUAUACAUUUUUUUAGGUCAAUCCAUUCAAUGAUUUUAAAAAGCAUGUGUAGAUAGGGAUGCCAUUAGGCUUUGUCAGAUGUAUAUUAUGGUCGUAUUCUGCCUGUGUCGCUUUUCAGGGACAUACAAUAGUCUAUCAUGUAACAUUUUAUUGUAAAAGUGUCAUUUUUCUGUAUUAACAAUUUUGCAAUUACAGGUGCUUUGACAAAAUCCCUGAAUUGUCUUAAAAUGUAAUGUUACCACGGUGAACGUACUUGCGUGUACUUUCUAAAUUAUUGUUGUAAAUUUGAAACUGGGUAUGUGAUUUUGAUUCAAAAUAUCUAAGAUGGACAGUAUAUCAAAUUACUCAUAUUUUCAUGCCAAAUUUAGAAAUGUGCAUGUUAAUGAGAAAAUGUGUUUUUUCUAAAUAUACUUAAAUUCUGAAUUUUGUCAUAUCAUGAAUGUUUUUUAUAAGCACUCAAAUAAACCAUUAUCUAUCAAAAUCUGUAAAAAGUAUUAGUCCAACAUGGUCAUGUUCAAUAAAUCUGCACACCUUCCCUCUCUAUAAUGCAGCAAAAAAAAGGUUUUGGUUGAGAUGCACUGCAUCAAACACUUUAGAUCUCAUAUGAAUGACAAAUCAGUUUUCCCCAUCCAAUCUACUUAUCAUGUCAAAGCUGUCAAAGCAUUUGACAUUGUGGCUUGGUAUCACAUUCAGUAUCAACAGGGGUGUUACAGCCAACAAGCCAAUGUGUCAUGCGUAUUUUAUGCGUAAAGGACAUCAUUUGAAAAUGUGUUUUGUUAGGUAACGAUGAAUGAUGCAGAGUAAAUCAUUUUUGUUUGUUAAUUUAACCUUUAU